GAGUGAUCUCCCUCUCCCCCCCUCGCAUCCAUCAUCGACACAUUCAUACCUUUCACUCUUCAUUCCACACUCCUUCUUAACUCUGGAGCAGCUUUUUUUCUUCUUUUCUCUCUCUCUCCCUCAAUUUGCUCCCACGCGAUCUUGAGGCACCUCUUUCUAAUAAAUACCACCCAGUUGCCUUGACGAUGAAUCCAGAGGUCGAGCUGUACCCUAUCGCUAUCCUUAUUGACGAACUCAGACAUGACGAUGUCAGUCUGCGACUCAAUGCCAUCAAGCGACUAAAUACCAUCGCACUCGCCCUUGGACCGCAGCGCGCUAGGGAUGAGCUGAUUCCCUUUCUUGAUGAGUCCAUAGACGAUGAAGACGAGGUCCUUUUGGCAUUGGCAGGGGAACUCGGUGACUUCGUAGAAUAUAUUGGCGGCGUUCAGUUUGCGCACAUCCUUCUGCAGCCAUUGGAGAACUUGGCUGCUGUUGAGGAGACUAUGGUUCGCGACAAGGCGGUAGAAUCGCUCAACAAGAUCUGCCCUGUAUUGAAUCAGUCUCAGCUGGAGCAAUAUUACAUUCCGCUGGUCAAGCGUCUGACAUCGGGAGAUUGGUUCACAAGUCGCACCAGCGCAACUGGCCUCUAUGCCGCUGGCUACUCCUUGGCAUUGCCGGCAACUCAGGAGGAUUUACGGAAGGCCUAUGGUCAGCUCAGCAUGGAUGAUACACCCAUGGUCCGCCGGGCUGCUGCAACGCACCUUGGCACGUUUGCCAAGAAGGUAACUAAGGAACAUCUUAUCGCAGCCAUUAUCCCAAUCUUCAACAAGCUGGCCCAGGAUGAACAGGACUCCGUGCGGUUGUUGACGGUGACCGACCUUGUAGCCAUUGCCGAAGAACUUUCGCCUGAAGAAUGCAAGGCACACUUUUCUCAGACACUCAAAACACUGGUUGCUGACAAGUCUUGGAGAGUCCGUUACAUGAUUGCCGACAACUUUGUCAAGCUAAGCAAGGCUGUGGGCGAAGACAUCACCCGCGAGGACUUGGUUAUCGCAUUCGUUCGUCUGCUGAAGGAUAACGAGGCCGAAGUCCGUACAGCUGCAGCUGGACAAGUACCAGGGUUUGCGCAAUUGGUGGACAAGGAGACGAUCUUGAGUUAUAUCUUGCCAUGUGUCAAGGAUUUGGUGACAGACACUUCGCAGCACGUUCGAGCAGCUUUGGCUAUGCAGAUAAGUGGAUUGGCGCCUAUCCUCGGCAAAGAGGCUACGACAGAACAUUUACUGCCCCUAUUCCUGCAACUGCUCAAGGACGAAUUCCCAGAUGUGCGCCUCAACAUCAUUUCAAAACUCGACACUGUCAACCAGGUUAUCGGGAUCGAGCUUCUUUCACAAUCAUUGCUGCCGGCCAUUGUCGAGUUGGCGGAAGACAAACAGUGGCGCGUGCGGCUGGCGAUCAUCGAAUAUAUCCCUUUGCUUGCCACUCAUCUCGGCGUUGAGUUUUUCGACGAGAAGUUAGGUGCACUGUGCAUGUCAUGGUUGGGCGACAGCGUCUUUUCGAUCCGUGAGGCAGCGACCGUUAACUUGCGCAAGCUAACAGAGGUCUUUGGCGUCGAUUGGGCCAAGCAGACCACUAUCCCCAAGGUUCUGGCAAUGGGCACACAUCCAAACUACCUGUACAGAAUGACAACCAUCUUUGCUAUCACGGCCAUGGCGCCAGCGGUGACACCUGAGGUGAUCCGUGACUAUAUCCUUCCAACAGUUACCAACCUGGUUACGGAUCCCAUUCCCAACAUCCGCUUCAACGUCGCCAAGUCGAUAGAAGCUCUGAUUCCAGUCCUUUUGCAAAACCCCGACACGAGACCACUGGUCGAACAACAGCUCAAGCCCGCGCUUGUGAAGUUGAGUGAGGACACUGACAACGAUGUUCGGUUCUUUUCACAAAAAGCUCUCUUGGGGGUGAAUUGAGAAGCGACACCGGUGGUCUUGACAGCAACGAGAUGGUGGAAUGAGAAUAAAUCCACGGCGGCGAAAAGCCACAUUUCAAUCCGAAAAUUUUUUUGAGGGAGCGAUUGAAAGAAUAGUGCAUAAAUAAACAAGGAUACCUGAACCAGCGAAAUCCUUCUCUUUCCUCCACAUCUCAU